GAGAACGAGUCAGGGGGCAAAGGGCGAGUUUGUGGGGGCUACAAAGCCCCCACGAACUCGCUCGGGGCUCCGCCUCUUGUGAUAGGAAGCGUCUGUUAAAUAGUCCCGGCCAUUCAGCGUUUCCGCCUAACUUGUCGCAAAGUUUUUCUAGAGAAGUCAGUCCUUUGACUCGGCGCUCUUGCAGCUUGCCAGAGCUAAUCUUCAGCGUUUUAGCCUGGGCUUGCUUUACGUCGGGGCUUUUUGAACUCCGCACUCUACCACAGUCCAGGAGCUGGAGCGGGAACGCGGCCCAGUGUGCCUCCGCACGCCCGAGGGGUAGCAGAACCCCGGAGGAAGGGGCGGAUCGGGCGCGGUGUUUGGGACGGAGCGGGGCGCGCGGCGCUCGAAGCACUUACUCGGCGCGUUCCGGGACUGGUGGAGACUGCAUGGGUACCCCUCAGACUGCACCCUUCGAGCUGUAGGUUCGCAGGCCCAAGGCAGCCGGACUCGACGGCUCCCCAUUUGGUAAAAGACUUGGACCUUUCGCAGUUUCCUUCAGUACUCUACUAAAAGUUUUUGGCAAAACACUAUAAACAAAAGAAAAGAGUUAAAGUUGAAAAUUUUCUUAAUUAUCUUAUCCCAGAUAUCAUCUCUCCUUUUGAUCACUGUUCCUGAUUGUGGCUUUAUCCAAGCAUUAAAUUGUGUGCCUUUUGUUCCUUGAAGAAAGAGCUGGUGCUAGCAACUCUCAAUUCCGUCUCGUCUCUGGACCCAGCUCAAAGCUCUGGAUUUGUUCUCGUCCCAUACCUGAGCUGGAGCCUUGUGUCACCCCAAAGUGCUUCAUGCAGUCUUCCUCUCAAGCCCUCACUUCUCUCCCAAGAUGAGAAAACUGAGGUGCAGAGAAGUCAAACCUUGCCCAGUGUCACAGAGCAGAGCCGAAAGUAAAGCUUGUAUUUCCUGAGGUCCAGAUUAGUGUUAUUUCUACUUCAGACUUAAUUUUUGGUGAGUUAAUGUGGGGAAAAUCCUGGUAUUCUGAAGAUGUUGCGGCACAGUAUUGUUUCCUGUUCAAAUUACAAGUAACUUCAAGAAUUUUCAGGAAAAAAAGAAUUGAGAUUGUUUUGUUUUAUUUUUAAAUCAUGCCAUCUGAACAGAAACAUUUAUUUUUUGAUGAAAAACAAAAUACUUUAAAAAAAGAUUAUGAUGUGAAAAAUGAGGUAGUUGAUAGUCUCGGAUCAAAAAUUUCAGAACCAAAAUUUCAGAACCAACUUAAACCAAACAUUUCAGAAAGCAGUUUUCAUUAUGGAUUAAAAAAUUUGAAAAUUGUUUUGCCGAAGAUAAAUAUUCCAAAUGAAGUCUUAUUGAAACAUGAAGUUGACAAAUACAGAAAAUUAUUUCAGCAUAAGCCACAGACUGCAAGAAAAUCUAUCAAUGUAAAGACUGUAAGCUCUGUAGAAGAGUGUAUGUUGCUUCAUCAGUCUGAGAGAGUUGACGAAGGUAUAAAAAUGUCUGCAAAAAUACUCAAUUUCAAUUGUUUAAAGUGCCGAGAUAGCACCCGGUAUAGCCCAAAUGAUUUGCAGAAACACUUUCAAAUGUGGCACCAUGGUGAAUUACCUUCCUAUCCUUGUGAGAUGUGCAGUUUUUCAGCAAAUGACUUCCAGGUAUUUAAACAACACAGACGAACUCAUAGAAUCACUUUAGUAAAAUGUGACAUUUGUAACAAUGAGAAUUUAUAUACUUUAUUAGACUUAACAAAGCAUUUUUCAUCCACACAUUGUGUAAAUGGUACUUUUCAGUGUGAAAAGUGUGAGUUCUCCACCCAGGAUGUUGGCACAUUUGUUCAGCAUAUCCAUAGACACAACGAAAUCCUUUAUAAAUGUGGUAAAUGCCAUUAUAUAUGUUUAACCAAAGGAGAGCUUCAGAAGCACCUUUAUAUUCAUUCUGGUACAUUUCCCUUCACUUGUCAAUAUUGUAGCUAUGGUGCUACCAGGAGAGAGCACCUUGUAAGACAUGUUAUAACUUUGCACAAAGAACAUUUAUAUGCGAAAGAAAAACUGGAAAAGGACAAAUAUGAAAAAAGGAUGGUGAAGUCUUCGGCAGGACUUAAACUAAUACUGAAAAGAUACAAGAUAGGUGCAUCAAGGAAGACAUUCUGGAGACGCAAGAAAGUCAACAAUGUAAGUGACAGAAGUAUAGAAAAAAAUACUCAAGUGCUUAAAAAAGUGAACAGAACACAGGCUACAUCUGAAGACCCAAGCCAUCUUGUUCAGGAACAUGUAAAUGAAGAAAAGCAUGAAAGACUAUACUGUGAGAAUAAUGAUAAACCUGCUGAGUCAGAGUUGGAAAAACCAACUCUUCUGUCCACUGGACAAUGUAAUGGAGCUCAAGAGGGAUCAAAUUCUACUUCAGGUUUCUUGAAGACUGCUGUACAAGGACCUACAGUGUUAAUGGUAAAAAACAACAGAAUAACAAUUCCUGCUAACUACAGCGCUAAGUUUAUGGGCUUCAAGAUGGUGGAUGGAAGACAGCAUAUUGUAAUAAAACUGUUGCCUACCACUAAACAGAAUUCAUGUGUACCAGGCUCACAGUCAGGUGCUGCAAGGGACAGUACUGCAGUUCUGCAGCACCAGACUUUGGAUGCCGCUGCAUUUUUAACAGGAGUACCAGCUGAGUUAAAUGACACAGUUUGCAUGAAAGCAGCUCCUCCAUUUUCAUCUUCAUCUCCUGUACUUUCAGGGAAAGUAAUUUCAGAAAAAGAAAUAGCUUUGCUAACUCAGACAAGUAAUAUUAUUCCAGCAGUGGAUGAUGAAAAAGGUGUAUCUCCUUCACCAGUAGAGUCAGACUUGAUUACAGCAUCAGUGAAUUUGACCACAAAAGUAGAAACAAGAGAUAAUGUUGACUUAUGGGGCAGUCAUAUUACUCAGUGUCACCCUGAGGAGUUAAGUACUACAGUUAAAAGUCCAGAUAAAGUCAGCUGUACUGCCAAACCAAAUUCAUACAACAGUGGAGAUAUGCAUAAUUAUUGCAUUAAUUAUAUCAACUCUGAGUUACCUGUUGAAUCUUCCAGUCAAGGAUCAUUACCUUUUCAUAAUUACUCAAAAGUGAAUAAUUCUAAUAAACGUCGUAGGUUUUCAGGAACAGCAAUGUGUGAAAACCCUCAAAGAGAAUCUUCAUCCAGCAAGACAGUUUUAAGUGAGUCAGUUUUAUCAUCAGUGAAGAAGGAGAGCUCAAACCCAGAUAGCCGGUUAGCAUCUAUUAGUCUUUUAAAUAGUAAAGAUGGAACUUUAAAAACACAAGCUGAAAUCGAAGAACAGUGUGUUUUAGAAAAAGGACAGAACAUUGAUGGACAAAACCUAUACACUAAUGAAAAUAAAAGUUUAGAGAGCAUGACUGAAAAGCCUAAAUGGGAUGGCAUUUCUAAUGUUGAGUCACCUAUGAUGCCUAGGAUCACAUCUGUUUUCUCACUCCAGAGCCAGCAGGCAUCAGAACUUUUGCCACCUGAACUAAACCAGUUACUUCUAGAUGUAUUAAAAGCAAAACCUGAUGUGAAACAAGACUCUAGUAACAUUCCAGAUAAAGAUGUUCCGCUUCAGUGUGCCCAGUCUUUUCAGGAACAUGGGGGAGAAAACAAAAUAGUUGAAUCUUCAAAAGACUUGAAGGUACAAGGCCUUUUCCCGAUUCCGUCUGGUAGUAUGGGGACUAGUAUGCCUACAGAUGAUCUGAAUUUACACUGUAGUGGAAAAGAAAAGCAAAUGCUGUCACAGGAUGUGAGAGAGUCAGAGAAGACCCCUAGAAGUUUCGGUUUUGGCACAUUGCCUAAGACUCAGUCAGAUGCAAUAAUUACACAGCAGCUCGUCAAAGACAAACUACGAGCCACAACACAUUCUUUCUAUGUGCAUAAUCCACUAAAUUCAGAACCAAAAAAGGCUAUAUUUGUUCAGACUCCAAAAUGCUUUUUGGUACCCAUGCACUUUACUAAUAAGCCUAGAUUCCAUGUUUCAAGAAGACCGUUGGUUAAUACACAAGGUAUCCCUGCUCCUCUCCUUUUAAACAAGAAACCGGGGAUGAUUUUAACAUUUAAUAAUGGGAAACUUGAAGGUGUUUCUGCUGUCAAAACUGAGAGUGCUCAAGCUUGUGGAACUACAACUAAGGAACCUUGCAGAGCACCUUUCUUAAAAGUAGAACAAAACAGGAAUUGUCUGACCCCUGCACUUUGUUCCAGCAUUGGCAGCUGUGUGAGCAUGAAAAGUAGCCCAGAAAAUACUUUGUCAUUUAAAGGCCCUUAUAUUAUUAAAACGCCAGCAAAUUCUUCAGUGAAAGCUGUUCCUACUCAUAUAAUACCUGAGCAUCAGGGCACUAAGUUGAAUAUCUCCGAUUCAGUAAAACCACAGAACAAGAUUUUUCCAAAACCACCUCUUUAUACCUUUUUGCCUGAUGGCAAACAAGCUGUUUUUUUAAAGUGUGUGAUGCCAAAUAAGACUGAGCUGCUUAAACCUAAAUUAGUCCAAAAUAGUACUUGCUUGAAAAAUAUACAGCCAAAGAAACCUGAAGGAACACCACAAAAAAUAUUGCUGAAAAUUUUUAACCCUGUUUUAAAUGUGACUGCUGCUAGUAAUCUGUCAGUAAGCAACACUGGAUCCUCAUUGCAGAAAGACAGUGUACCAUCUAACCAGACUACAGGACAGCAGAAAGAGCCAGAAUCUUCUAGAGAUGCCUUACCCUGCUUACUAGAUGAUAUGAUGCCAGCAAACGAAAUUGUGAUAACUUCUACUGCAACAUGCCCAGAAUCUUCUGAGGAACCAGUAUGUAUCACCGACCAUUCAGAGGCCAGGGCAUUAAGGUGUAAAACAAAUUGUACAAUUGAGAGAAACUUCAAUAAGAAAAACACUUCGAAAAGAAAAGUUUCAAGAAUAAAAAGUCAUGUAAGAAGUCAAGAUUCUGAAACUGCUUUUGUAUCUAGAAGCAGAAACUGUAAACGCAAGUGUAGAGAUAGUUACCAAGAACCUCCAAGAAAAAAAGCCUUACACAGAAAGUGUAAAGAAAAAGCAAAGCCUGAAAGUAUCCCUGAAUCAUUUGAAUUCAACAGACCUAGGCUUUCAAAAGAUACAGUCAGAACUCUGCGGCUUUUCCCCUUUAGUUCCAAACAGCUUGUGAAAUGUCCUCGGAGAAACCAACCAGUUGUAGUUUUGAAUCAUCCUGAUGCAGAUUCCCCAGAAGUAGUAAAUGUAAUGAAAACUGUUGCUAAAUUUAAUGGACGCGUUCUUAAGGUUUCAUUAUCGAAAAGAACUAUGGAUGCUUUACUGAAACCGGUUUGUUGUAACCCUUCUGAAACAACUUAUGACGAUUUUCCUAAGAGGCACAAAACAUUUAAACCUGUUAGUUCUGUGAAGGAAAGAUUUGUGCUAAAGUUAACUCUCAAAAAGACAAGCAAAAACAAUUACCAGAUUGUGAAAACUACCUCUGAAAAUAUUCUGAAGGCUAAAUUUAACUGUUGGUUUUGCGGUAGAGUAUUUGACAAUCAGGAUGCUUGGGCUGGUCAUGGACAGAGGCAUUUAAUGGAAGCUACUCGUGAUUGGAACAUGUUAGAAUAAUUACCAAGGAAAAGUAAAAUUACCUUAGAAGAAAAUAGUGAGUUGGGUUACUCCAUGCAGACAUUUUUUUACUUCAAUAUAGCACCAAAAUUAAACAUUUAAAAGUUAGCUGUAUUUCAUGGAUGAGCAAAAGUUUCAGUGUUGCAUUUGAAAAUGCACAUUAGUUGCAUCACUGCACAUUAGUUUUGAAAGAAACUAAUCACAGAUUUACCUUGAUUUAAUUUUUUUAAAUAUGUGUUUUUGGGAAGUUAAGGCUAAAGAAAAGUAUGGUGAAACAGUUUUCCCAGUUUAGUGACUGUUAGUAAAGAGAAUAGCAGCUGACAGCCCCAUUCCCUCUCUUCCACUAGCCUUAUGAAUCUUGAUAACUAUAGCUCCUCUGAAAAGGUUGAGAGCUCUUUCACUAUGCAACCGAAGGAGUUUCUCGUCGUUCAUGAAGAUACUCUAAGAGAGCUUAGGUAAAGAACUUACUCUCCUCUGCAAGAUGUAGUUCUUUUGAAGGUAACUAGGCUCCAUUGAGAGUACAUUUAACUCACUACAAUUACACCUCAUAUGAUGCUUGGUAAAAGUUUUUGAAGAGUAGGUCUUUUUUCCUUGUAAGCUGUCUCACACGUCAUUGAGUGGAACACCUUUCCAAGGAGAUUUUCUUUUUCUAAAUGGCGCUCAUGUUGCAGUAGAUGGGCAGUCUUGAGAGAAGAAUUAACCUCUCUUCAUCUAGUUUGAAGUUCAUUUAAAGAACUUGAAUAUUUUUCUGAAUUUGAUUAUACUCACUUUUGGCGUUCCUUUGAUUUAAGUUGUUUGUCCCAUAAUAAACCAAGUGGCCAAUUUUUUUCUUGGUUGCCAUCCCUUUAAAAAGAGUGAAACGUAGAAGCACUUCCAAGGGAAUGGCUUUUCUCAAAAAUUAAAAAUUACUCCUCAGAAACAAUAUUUUGAAGCAAGAUUAACAAAGUAAAUCAUACUUGUGUGUUUAUUAUUAGUGUCUGAAUAUGUCCAAUUGGGACAAACCAUUUUUUGUUAGCAGCGUUUCAGUAUGACUGACAACCCAAAGCAGAUUAUGUACUGGUUGUUUGCAGUUGGAAAUGAAGAAGCAUUAAUAGUGGACUCAGUGACAAUGCAUAAAACUUCAGGACAGUGUCUGAAGGGAUAUGCCAACAGGUAGAAUUUUAAAAAGGAAUGUUUUCAUGACAACAGAAUCAUUGAUUUAAACUUCUCACUUUGUAAGUUUGGGUCAAAUGUUGUUGGAUCAUUGGAUACUGGGGUUCUUGUAUUAAAAAAUUACUAUAUAAUUUUUGUUACAUUGUUACUACAAGUGUUAUGAUGUUUUUCAUUGAUUGAAUGAAAACUUCAGGGCUUCUCUUCUGUAUAUAACAAAGAAUUUAAACCUGUACAUAUUUUUGUACCUUUCAGUUAUGUAAAUUUUGCACAGAAAGUUUUUGAGAUAAAAAGUUUAUUUUCUUUCAAUUUAGUUCUGUGCAUGCACUAAUAAAACUCAUUGUUUAAUUUAAAAGGAGUAUAUAAGACUUUACCCAUGUUAUUUUGGGGGGUUUUAUUUCAGAUGUAUAAUUUUUUUUUAUAUAUAAAUUCAGUUUUCAGGGAUUGAACACUAUUGUUAGCAAGUGCCUAAAAGAUGUGAAACAGUUUACAUAUGUCAACUGUAACAUUAGGUCCCAAAUGGGCCUUUUUCCCCAAUAGUUUUAUUUUAAAGAAAGCCAUACAUAGACGCUUCAAGCUAUCUUGCUAUGCACAUUAUACAUGUACUGUUUUUGUGCAGUUUGUCUACUUUCUUAGAAGUGAAGUAUUUUUUGUAUAAAACCUGUUACAAUUGUGUUUCUUAAAUUGAGCCUAAGAAUGGAGUUGGUUGAAAAUAUACAAUAUAUAUUAAUAAUGUGUAUGGUGUUUAAAGACUGGUAAGCGUUGUUAAUUUCUGUAACAAAUGUUUUUUCCAUUAAAUUUAUCUUAAGUUUGUGUUUA